GCUUUAUGGAAUUUCUAUCUCCCUCCAUUCCAUUUCUAUAUUCGCGCUUCUUUUUCGUCACUUUUCUUCUUUACGGUUACGGUUAAAGUCUGUUUCACACUUUUCUCGCCGGCAAUACUGCUUCCGUUUUCACCUCCUCCUUCCACCGCAGUGCUAGCAAGUUUGCACCCUGGCCUAGGAUCCUAGAUCCGCCACUGGUUACAUUUACAGGUGAGAAGGGGAAGGAACGGUGACUAGAUAAACCUAUCUAUGAGUUGGUGGGAAGGCGUUCAGGAAUCCCGGGUUCUCGUUGCCCCAGAUCCUGGUACAAAUGGAAAUGGUUUGGGACAUAUGAUAUUGCUCCGUCAUCCCAGAUCUGGAAAUGCAACACAAUAUCUCUUUGUAAAUGGGAUGCUUCAAGAAUUUCAGUGGUUUAAGAACUUGUACGGAUCUUGGUUUUUGGGAGAUUAUACAAGUGAAGAUGGUCGACUGUAUUUAUCCACCCCUGUUGAUCCGGUUUUCAUCAUGUUACCCAUAUUUGAGGAAGCUAGAAUGAAGAAAGGCGAUGAUUUGGGCAAGUUCAGGCAAUUGGAUGAGAUCUUGUUUAUUGAUGGGUAUCCAGGAUAUCAGCAGUUAACGUCCCUUGUGGAGAACUGUAUGCAAGUAGUUUGUGAGGUCAAAGAAGUAGGAUCCAUAAAAUUCUUUAGACUCGAUGACACGAAGGUUUUGCGUUGGCUGUGCUAUAAGGUUUGUCAGCUAAAACAGACACUACCCAAGUUGGACAAAAACUAUGCUGUUCAAUCAGAGAAAGACACGUUGGUUGAUGCAGUUUCUAUAUUAGGAGAGUAUUUAAAUGAAGAGCACUGGUUGCAGCCUUUGUGUAACCAUCUUAAGUUAAACAUACUUGAGGUUACAGGAAAAACACAAGCAAAUGCUGAGGAAAGUAAUCCGCCUGGUCUGUAUAAUGUACCGCAGGAACAGAGUGAUGAUAAGAAGGGUACAAUUGUGAAGAAGGGAAGACAAGCAAAGAAGAUAAAACUGGAGACAGAAUCACAUAACAUCAAAGACAUGUUUUCAAGGGCCUCCCGAAGGAAAAAGUAAACCUUUUUUUGGUGAAAAAUUGGAAAUGGGUCAUUUUCUGAUUGUAUUAUUAUCAUUUUCUAGACACUUGAGUAGUGGAUUUGAGUCAGAUCCUGGUUUGUAGUUUAAUUCCAGAUUUUAUCAUCAAUUCCUAUUUCAUUUGCAUCAUUAA